UCUGAUGAUCUCUAUAUGCAACAUCAAUUGACAUAAAGUACAUUCGGGGCAAGAGAGUUUCCUUAAAUAUUACUUCGUUAUUCAAAAUAAUCACAAAAGCACUCAUCGUAGGAAAACUUGUGAGGAUUCAUAUAUAGGGAAAUACUUUUUCUAAGGCAUAAUUCUGUAAAGAAAUUCACCUUAAUUUGAAUAUAUGUGAGAAAAUAUCCUUGUUCACUAGUAGUCUAUAUUCACUGUUUUCUUCCCUCAUAGACCAGCCAGUUCACUAUUAUUCUCCAAAUGAUGUGUGCCUCUGUAGAGUCUAGGCUAUCUGCAUACCUAAUUUUUCCCACAAAUUACUGUUUUGAAUUGCACUGAAUUCAAUUCAAGGGGAUGUCAUUUAUAAACAGUGCAAAUAUAUACUGCACAAGGGAUCUUAGAAAUCAUAUGCAUGGUUUGAUCCAUAAGCUCAUAUGAGCGUGCAAUGUCAACAUUUUUCAUGUUUUUUUAAACCCACUUAAAUUCUAUUUUAAGCCACCAUCUGUCUGUGCUCUUAGGGCAGUUAGCCUUAAAUCAUUUUAAGAUGCUCCCCUCUAAGUACUGUGAUAGUGAUAGAGAUGUCACCAGUCAGGUGUCCUAGGAAACCGACUCGGAGUUGGAGAUUUGCAUGCAAGGAAGUUGAAAUGGAUAUUCCCAACACCUGCGAAGAGUGAAAGCAAUAGGAUUGGGCAGAGCACGAAGCUGGCUGGAAUGCAAUCACUAUCAUGGCCGCAGCCCGCUCUACAGGGAUCUUGGUAGAGCAACACUCUGCAGACCUUCUUUUGAGGCAUUUCACCACCAGAAUGGAGUCUUACACUGUCGCCGAGGCUGGAGAGCAGUGGCAUGAUUUUGGCUCACAGCAAGCUCCACCUCCCGGAUUCACACCAUUCUCCUGCCUCAGCCUCCUGAGUAGCUGGGACUACAGCCUGUUUUCUCCAACCACACUGAGGUUAUGAGCCUCCAUAUGUACUCUCCCACCCUGUUUCAUCUCAUAGUGGAAAAACAAAUAUAUUCAUAUAAAAUUACAGAGAAGCAUUCUGUGAAACUUCUUUCUGUUCCGUGCAUUCAACUAACAGAGUUAAACCAUACUUUUGAUAGAGCAGUUCUG